AUGGUUGAUGGACAAAGUGGUGUUCUUUCAGGGAGUAAUCCCCUAAAUGUUAAUGCAACUGAUCCUUUAACACUUGCUAUAGUACAGAUCGUUAUUAUAAUAGUUUUUACUCGCAUUCUUCAUCUUGGUCUUAAACGCAUCCGACAACCACGGGUUAUAUCUGAAGUGAUAGGUGGAAUUAUUCUUGGCCCUUCUGUAUUGGGACACAUUCCGGGAUACUUAAAUACCAUGUUUUCAAGUGCUUCCCUUACUUACCUUAACCUUCUGGCCAAUUUGGGGUUGGUCCUAUAUUUAUUCAUAGUUGGUUUAGAAUUAAAUCCAAAGAUGAUAAAAAAGAAUAUAAAAUCAGUCAUUUUUAUCUCUGCGAGUGGUAUUAUAUUGCCUUUUGUCAUGGGUAUAGGCGUCGCAUAUGGCUUAUAUGAUGCAAUGGAUAAUCAUGCAGUAGUUGAUAGCUCGGGUGUUUCUCAUAACGUGCCAUUUACGAGUUUUGUAUUGUUCAUCUGUAUUGCCAUGGCUAUUACAGCGUUUCCAGUUCUUGCACGAAUUUUAUCAGAACUAAAACUUAUGAAAACAACUGUGGGUAAUUGCGCGCUAAACUCUGCCGUUGGUGAUGAUAUUACCGCUUGGAUUCUACUUGCCAUUGUUAUUGCGAUAAUCAAUGCUUCGAACUACCUCACAGCCCUUUAUUCUUUCUUGAUCUGUGUUUUUUGGACUCUAAUUGUUGGAUUUGUUAUUCGUCCAAUCUUGCUAAAAUUCAUUAUUGCAACAAAUUCAAAUUAUCCAUCACCAUCAACAUUAAUGGUUGCUAUUACUUUAUCGGUCGUAUUGAUAUCUGCAUUUAUUACAAAUAUUAUUGGAAUUCAUUACAUUUUCGGAGGAUUUAUUAUUGGUGUAAUACUUCCUCAUGAAGGAGGCUUUGCAGUAGGAAUUACUGAAAAAAUCGAAGAUCUAAUUAGUGUCCUAUUAAUACCCAUAUAUUUUACACUAUCCGGAUUAAAAACUAAUAUUAGUGACUUGGGUGCUGCAGGAUGGGGUUGGGCAAUCUUGAUAAUUGUAGUCGCUAUGUUUGGCAAAAUACUUGGAUGUACAGCUGCUGCUAAGGCGACAGGAUUAACUUUUAGAGAAUCUUUAACAGUAGGAGUUUUUAUGAGUUGUAAAGGCCUUGUAGAAUUAAUUAUUCUCAAUGUUGGUUAUGAUGCAAAAAUUAUAAAUUCUAAAGUUUUCUCGAUUAUGGUCGUCAUGGCUUUGGUGACAACAUUUGUCACGACUCCACUUGCCUCUUAUUUAUAUCCUGUUCGAUACCAGAGGAAAAUGGAGUACAAACGUACUAAUAAGGAUUCUGAAUCAAAAUUGUUGGUUGUAUUGAACAAAGUUGAAAAUCUACCGGCUAUGAUAACUUUUGUACAACUUUUACAACAUAAAGUUUCUACCAAACCUACUUUAUUAUCCUCUGAUGAUAAAACUGAUUCAAGUAUAAUUAAAGACAUUAAACCUAUGAAUGUUCAUGUUUUACGUCUUAUUGAGCUUACGCAACGCAUGUCAGCGGUGAUGAAAUUUAAUGAAAUCUCAGAGACUAUUUUACACGAUCCAAUUAUGAAUAUGUUCUCUGUACUUAGUCAAAUUAGCUCGAUGAAGGUUAACGCCAAAUUAGCUGUUACCUCUCCAAAGGACUUUUGUCAAGAAAUUACUGAAAAGAUACAGGAUGAUGAUAUUAAUUUGGUAAUAAUUCCAUGGGACGGUGCAGGUGAAAUAGUAGAUACACCAAUUGAAAAUGAAGAUAAUGCACUACGUGAGAAAAAACAUACAAGCCCACAAGUUGCAAGCUUUAUUCAGGAUAUUUUUAAUGAUGCAACAGAUUAUGCAAGCGUGGGCGUGUUUGUAGACCGUGGUUUCGGUAGUACUGAUAACACAUAUACACUUUCUAAUCCUACGGGCUAUCUUAAUGUAUUCAUGCCUUUCUUUGGUGGUGCUGAUGAUCGUGAAGCGCUCACUUUCGUUUUUAGACUACUCGAAUAUCCAAAUGUCAACAUAACAGUUUUUAGAAUAAUAAAAUCAGAGCAGCCUACUGAUAACGAUGUCACGUUAAAACCUGAAAUUCAAUCCGAGAUUUUAAAUGUCAAUGAGAAAGAUCGUUCUUCGCUUGAUCGACGAAUUUCGACUAUUACUAUUAGUGAAGCUACAGCACAUCGGGAAAAUGAAGAGGACGAAUCUUUUUUGGAGAAAUAUUUAAAAUCAAAAUCCGGUUAUCCUGCGAGAAAUGCACGUAUAAGUUAUCAAGAAGUAUCAUCUUAUACACCAAUACAAACUGCUGUUGAACGUGCUAAAAAAGUAGUCAGUAGAAAGGAUUUAGUUAUUGUAGGACGUAAUCGCCAUUCACAAACGAAUGAACGUCAUCACCAUUAUGAAUUUAGAGAAUUAAUUAAAAAUUUAGGAAGCUAUGGCAAUGAUACACAUAAAUCUUUAGGCUACGUCACUGAAGCAUUUUUAGUUGGAGGUAUUAUGGCGAGUCUUUUGGUGUUGCAGGCAAAACAAGUUAAAGAAGUUAAAGAUGAUAAAAUGAAUUGA